AUGGAGAAUCUACAGAUCCAUUCGAGGAGCUACAUUGUGCGCUGGGUGCACGUCAAUGAAGGACAUUCUAUCGGAUGGAGUGUGCAGCCACACAAGAAAAGCAUUAACUUUGGCAUCUUCAAACAUCCGGGAACUAAAAAUGGGCUGGCCCCUGGAAUGCCCACCUCGUCCUCUGCCACCCUCGAACCUCCGCCGAGUGCUCACAGCAAUGACGAACCCCUGAAUGAUGGAAGAAAGAGAAGAGGAUCGGUUGCUAAGCACGAGGCCAGCACUGUCAUGGAGAAACUGCACAGCAUUGGCUUGCGCUGUGUCGAGUGGGUGGGCAAUUGUGAGGCUGAUAAAGUCAGGGUGGGCACCUACGAUGUUGCCCCUGGACAGGGAGGCAUGUACGGUCUUGUGUUCGACAACACCUUCAGCAAGACCGUCUCCAAGACUGCCACUCUCGUGCUCAUGACGCAUCCUACGAACGCUCCGCCAAAGUCUAGAGCUCAACUCAAGGCUCAAUCGAGUAUGUCGAAUCUCAAGAACAGUCCGCGCAUUUCCGCUACACCAGGAGCUUCUGUCGAGUCGCUNGGGAAAGAGUUGGAGAAUACACAAGCUGCGAAAGGCCAAAGGUCUCCAUUUAACAAAUCACUCGCGCCGCACGAUAUUCACAGCGGCACUCUGGGCAAGCGUCGCAGAAAGAAGGGUCAGGGCUAUGCUCGUCGUUUCUUCUCUCUCGAUUUCACCUCGGGCACCCUGUCCUACUACCGUAACAGUCAUGCUUCGGCUUUGCGUGGUGCUGUGCCUUUGUCGCUAGUCGCAGUCGGUGCUGACUCCAAGACUCGUGAAUUCUCUGUCGAUUCUGGUGCCGAGGUCUGGCAUCUUCGAGCUAGCAAUCAAAAGGAUUUCGAGGAGUGGAGAGAAGCACUUGAACGUGCUUCAGCAACUGCUGUUUCUGGCCCUUCAACUCCGGCUGUCUUUACCCAGAACAGAAACCCCUUUCCUGGCGCUUCGGACGCUGUCACAUCUGUCGAAUGGGAGCGUGCUGAAGAGAUUGUCAGCAGAAUUUCUGGUUCUCGUGAUGCCUUGCGCAGACUUGCUCAGGAUACUGACGUUAAAAUCUCGCCUUCUGUCGCGGCCGCUUCACCAAGUGCUUCGUCGGUGGAAUCGUUUGCAAACCCUUUCUUCGCCGACGCCGAUACGGCUUCCACAGCUGCAUCAUCUGAACGAUUACCAUUUUGGAAACGCAAGCCUAGUACAGCUAGCAAAGAUGCUCCAGGAUUCAAGCGCAAGACUUCUGGCCAGCAGCUCGAAGUCCCUAAUGGUUCUGCAGCUACGUCUCAUCCGACAUCUCCAGUACCAAACUACUCCACUAAACAGCCUCAAACCGCAUCUAUCACUAUGCAGGAAACUCAUGAACGAUGCCUGGCGCUUCUUCGCGACCUGGAUAACGUAGUGAAUGACUUUUCUGCUCUACUAGCAGAGUCCAAAGCACGUCGGAUGCCCAUUAAUCCGAACCUGCUUGCUCCUGCUGCUUCUCGUUUAUCCAUCGACUCGGUAUCUUCGCAAGAAUUCUUCGAUGCCGAGGACGUUCCAUCCCAACUUCUUUCAAUCAGAAGAUCUAGCGAAGCCACUCGUGAAGACGAUCAGGAUUUCCAGGAUAUCACUUCUAACGGAGAUGAUUCUGACACCAGCAGUGAUGUGGGAGAUGCUACGGAAAUCUCCAACGACACGACUACUGCGGCCGGUCAGAUUACUCUUUUCCCUGCUAAACCUGUACCAUUGACUUCUCCACUACCAAAAGUCAAGUAUCGCACAACUAUUUCACCACCUAAGCAACCACCUCCCUCACUUAUUGGAUUCCUGCGAAAGAAUGCUGGUAAGGACUUGAGUACUGUCAGUAUGCCAGUCACUGCAAACGAGCCACUCUCGGCCUUACAGCGUCUCGCUGAACCUUUCGAAUCCGUCGAUCUACUACAUAAGGCUUCCUCACUGUCAUCACCAGAUAAAGCUCUGGAUAGACUCGUAUAUGUCGCAGCGUUUGCAAUUUCCAAUUUCGCCAGCAAUCGCGUCAAGGAAAGAGCGAUUCGCAAGCCGUUCAACCCUAUGCUUGGCGAGACCUACGAACUCAUUCGUGCAGAUCUUGGCUUCCGCUUUGUGUCCGAGAAGGUGUGUCAUCGACCAGUACGCAUGGCCUUCCAAGCCGACGCUCUGGAUUCAGCGUGGUCACUAUCUCAGUCUCAACAACCCACUCAGAAAUUCUGGGGUAAGAGUGCAGAACUCAAUACAGAAGGCAAGAUGAGACUGGUCCUACACAACGUAAAUGGCGAGAAGUAUUCUUGGACAUUGGCAACAUGUUUCCUCCGCAAUGUGAUCGCAGGCGAGAAGUACGUCGAGCCUGUUGAAAGCAUGACUAUCGUCAACGAAACCACUGGAUCAAAAGCCGUUGCCACUUUCAAAGCCGGUGGCAUAUUUUCUGGCCGCAGCGAAGAAGUGACGACACAGUUUUACGAUGCUUCGUCUUCAUCGCCACUCGCACCUACCUUGACGGGUAAAUGGACAGAAUCACUUUCGCGCACUGAUACGGGCGAAACAGUAUGGACAGCUGGCCCUCUUGUCCCGAAUGCAGCCAAGGUUUACGGAUACACCUCGUUUGCAGCCUGUCUCAAUCAACUGGACGACAAUGACAAGAAAGAAGUUGCACCCACUGACUCACGCUUACGUCCCGAUCAACGCGCUCUCGAAGACGGCAAAACAGAUGAAGCAGAAGCACUCAAAGCACGUCUCGAAGAACGACAAAGAGCAAGAAGAAAGGUCUUGGAAACACAUGGUGUAGAAUGGAAACCUAAAUUCUUUGAUCUGGUCAAGGGAGAGGAAGGCGAUGAAGAGGUUUGGAGAUUGGUGGGAGGCAAACAUGGGUAUUGGGAUCGUAGAGACAAGGGUGAUUGGAAGGAUGUAGAGACUGUGUUUGAGACCUGA